AUGAAGAACUAUGUCAUAGGAGAAAUGAGAACGUCUCUAGUACCUCCGAGGGAAAGAACCUCUCUAGGCCUUCUGAGGGGAAAUUCCUCUUCUGGCAUUAGCAACCCAGUGCCACCCAGUCAAGUCAGAGAUGCCCGCAGCGCCCAGUUCCCGCAGCCUUCUAACGUGGAUUCCCCACCUUCACCCAUUCAUGGGAACAGACCCAUCUCUCCUCCCUUCAGCCAGAGUGACGAUGACUCUGAAUCACGAUCACUGAGUGACUCUGCUGACUCCAGCAUCUCUGAAAUCAGCAGCAAUGACAGUGACAGCAGUGUAAGAUUCUCCUCCCAGGUUCACAAUCCUCCAGAAUCACCCUUAAGUUUUGGUAGCGCUGAUUUCAACUCACGACCAGUGAGGCAGGUACCUACUACUACCACUGAGAAGAACGUACGACCAGUGAGGCAGGUACCUACUACUACCACUGAGAAGAACAUACGACCAGUGAGGCAGGUACCUACUACUACCACUGAGAAGAACGUACGACCAGUGAGGCAGGUACCUACUACUACCACUGAGAAGAACGUACGACCAGUGAGGCAGGUACCUACUACUACCACUGAGAAGAACGUACGACCAGUGAGGCAGGUGCCUACUACUACCACUGAGAAGAACGUACGACCAGUGAGGCAGGUACCUACUACUACCACUGAGAAGAACGUACGACCAGUGAGGCAGGUACCUACUACUACCACUGAGAAGAACGUACGACCAGUGAGGCAGGCACCUACUACUACCACUGAGAAGAACGUACGACCAGUGAGGCAGGUACCUACUACUACCACCGAGAAGAACGUACGACCAGUGAGGCAGGUACCUACUACUACCACUGAGAAGAACGUACGACCAGUGAGGCAGGUACCUACUACUACCACUGAGAAGAACGUACGACCAGUGAGGCAGGUACCUACUACUACCACCGAGAAGAACGUACGACCAGUGAGGCAGGUACCUACUACUACCACUGAGAAGAACGUACGACCAGUGAGGCAGGUACCUACAACUACCACUGAGAAGAACGUACGACCAGUGAGGCAGGUACCUACUACUACCACUGAGAAGAACGUACGACAGUAAGGCAGGUUACUAGUUCCACCACUGUCAAGACGACCACCAACUAAGUUAGUGGUUCAUCCCCACUAACCACUAGGACGACCCUCCAUCUACUGUCCUCUGGUGGUACACUAUCACCACUACCUCCGCCAAGAACACCUCCAGGAGAAUAGUUUGUCUAUCUAGAGAAAGACAAUGUUUUACAUCUAACUAAUUUAGAAAUAAUGACCCGUGAAUCAGAACUAUGAUAAUGUCUUGUUGUUCUAGUAUUCUAGACAGCAUCUAAGCUAGAUCCUUCAGACUUGUAACAGCUUAAAUCCUGUUCACUAGUCUGCUGGUUCCUUGAUCUACCAUCCUCCAUGGUUAGUGUUAUUUGUCAGUGGAUAGUGAUUGUCCUUGAUGAUGACCCUCGUUGAACUCGCUUGACCUCUGCACGUCUCGUUCACUGUGUUAAUCCACGUUGAACACAAAGACAUGCUUGACCAUUGCUCUGCACUGUUGUUGUCACUCACCCAGCGACAUUUUCUUGCACACGUUUUUUUCUCCAGUUGUAUCUCCACCAGAUCACGUUUGAGCUCUGUAACAUCUCUCAGUAACUAAGAGAAGCAAGCUAGAUCAAGCAAGUUCACCAAGCAUUAACGUUGAUUCUGCUGUUGUCGACACUGUUCACCAUCUCUGCCAUCAGUACCAACACAUGACAAACCGUAUGAUGAUACCGACGAACUCUGGACAAAAGCCACUUGUUCGCAGUACUAUUUAUUAAUGAUAAUCCAUCCUUUCGUAAAUGUCCUCAACUGUACAUAAAUAUCCAA